UGCGUCCCGCCCCCAGCGUCUUCCUCAGGGGCCUCGCGACACCAGGGUCGUGCGCGAGUCACCUUGGAAGUCGUAGUUCGCCUUGCCCUGGUUUCGCCAGUUUCUCCCUCUCGGGAACUCUAUCUCCCGGCGUCCACCGCGGCGCCUGACCCUUGGCGCUUGCGCGUUGCCCUCUUCCCCGCACUCCCGUUUACACCCCUCCACUCCGCCUGCCGCGAUCGGGUCCGCGGCCUGCGCUGUAGCCGUCGCCGCCGUUCCUUGGAAGUAGCGACUCCCCUCCCCCACCCUGGUCCCGGCCCCCGUCCAGACGCUGACGUGAAGAUGAGCAGCUCAGAGGAGGUGUCCUGGAUCUCCUGGUUCUGUGGGCUCCGUGGCAAUGAGUUCUUCUGUGAAGUGGAUGAAGACUACAUCCAGGACAAAUUCAAUCUCACUGGGCUCAACGAGCAGGUGCCUCACUAUCGACAAGCUCUAGACAUGAUCUUGGACCUGGAGCCUGAUGAAGAGCUGGAAGACAACCCCAACCAGAGUGACCUGAUUGAGCAGGCAGCUGAGAUGCUGUAUGGAUUGAUCCACGCCCGCUAUAUCCUCACCAACCGUGGCAUCGCCCAGAUGUUGGAAAAAUACCAGCAGGGAGACUUUGGCUACUGUCCACGUGUGUACUGUGAGAACCAGCCAAUGCUUCCCAUCGGCCUUUCGGACAUCCCAGGGGAGGCCAUGGUGAAGCUCUACUGCCCCAAGUGCAUGGACGUGUACACACCCAAGUCCUCGAGGCACCACCACACGGACGGCGCGUACUUCGGCACUGGUUUCCCUCACAUGCUCUUCAUGGUGCACCCCGAGUACCGGCCCAAGCGGCCUGCCAACCAGUUUGUGCCCAGGCUCUAUGGUUUCAAGAUCCAUCCGAUGGCCUACCAGCUGCAGCUCCAAGCCGCUAGCAACUUCAAGAGCCCAGUCAAGACGAUUCGCUGAUUCCUCACCCCCGUCCCCAUUCCUUUGCUGCCACCCUGUCAGCAACCCUCUAUGGUUUUUAGUUUAAAUUAAAGGAGUCAUUAUUGUGGUGGGAAUAUGAAAUAAAGUGGAAGAAAAAGGCCAUGA